CCCAUUUCGUUUCCAAGGCAACGAUCUUGUUGACAGGAGAGGUGUCAGUGUGAGGCGGCGAGUCCCGCGCACUCUCGGGAAGGGGAUUGUGAUAAGCUCCACAACAAUACUUUAUUGUAUGAACUCCAUUUCUGCUUCUUCCCACUACAUUUCCUAACUGUUUGUGCUGCUGGGCAGAGAAGAGCAUCAGCUCCAGUACGUGGAAACUCGGUUGUUGCAGGAAGUGAAAUGCCACCAAGAAAAAGCAGCACACCUAAGAGCCGAAAUUCUGCAUCUGAACCUAAGAAAAAGAAAAGAGCCAAGCGGAGUGGAAAGAGCAAACACGUCAGUGAGGAACAAAGCGCUCGGUGCAACAGUCCCUUGGUGUAUAAUCCUGAAGCAAUUGUUCAAGAACUGAUGGAAAAAUACCCGAAAAAGCAACAAGAUUCUGGCCUAAAUGAGCUCAGUGAAUAUGAAAACAAUAGACAAAGGGACCUGGGACUUCCAGUAAGGAUGGGCCUUUCAAAUAAAAUCAGCCGAUUUGAAAUUCCAGUGGACAUAAAACUACUAGAAGCUCUGACUGUGCAGGAUUAUCUCAGAACCUACUGCCGCGUGUGUAAAAGAAGGCAGAUUUACUAUAAGAAAUUCUUUGAUAAAUUUGACAAAGACAGAGAUGGGAUCCUCUCCAGUCAGGGGACAGAGGAUGCCUUGAAAGAUCUGUACUUCAAUGAAAUCAGCUCCAGCCAAGUGAAGGAUCUCAUGAGCUUGAUAAAAGCCAAUGAGGAGAGCAAGAUUGACCGAAUGCUCUUCAGCUCCCUGUGUGCCCUAUCAGAGCGCAUUUUCUAUGCUGCAUUAGUUACAGAAGAUACGGGUGUUGCUGAAAAGCAGUGGCUGGAGGCUGCAGACUUCUGUGGCAUGAGUUGGAAAUCUUCAGGCUGUCAUAUUGAUGACUCUUUAAAGAGACUGCUGGGGGUCCUGUCAUGCACUCCUGAUGGCAGAGGAGUCUGAGACUGGAAUCAGCAGGUACCUGUUUAUACAACAUUCUCCACUCCCCUCUCUCUGGAAAUAAAAGCAGGGCAAAAGCAACACCUUAUUUCAAAGGCCUGUAUGUAAAAUCGCACUAACAAUAUGGAGUAAGAAAGAGCGGCACAAAUCUACAGCUCCAGCUACUUGACUACAAAUGCCAGAAUUCUCCAGUGUGUUGGUUAAAGAGGUGGUUCACCUCCAGGUUUUUAGUAUGUAAUCCAAUAGCUAAUUCUAAGCAGCUUUUCAAUUGGACAUCAUUUUUUCUUUUUAUAGUUUUUGAUUUGCCUGCCUUCUUCAGACUCUAUACAGCUUUCAAA